AUGGCUGUGCAUGCAAGCCUCAAGCACCGCAGGUCGAUCAGCAAUACGCACUCAGUGCCUCUGCAAAGUCGACCGCUAUCGAGAUCACCAAGUGUAGCGUCCAACCACUCCUUCAGUGUCAGGGAGCCGUCCGUACCCGCUGCGAACAAGAAGUCUACGCUUUCGCGAAUGCAGAGUGCACCAAGCGUGGUGACAAGCCCAGCGUCGUCCACUGAGCAGAAGAACAAAGACUACAUCGCCAAGGUAGUCAUGGCCGGCAUGCGUCUGUACGGUCUGGUUCAGAUGAAGACUCGUAAAUCACGCGCCAACUCCGCAGCCGCCUCUCCAGCGCUCGAUACGAGCUUUGAAGAUCUGGAGAACGAGCGCAAGCAGUCCGAGGAGUACAAGUUGAUCUACCACCAAGCUUUCAAAGGAACAUGUCUGGCUUUCCGGAAGCAAAUCGCGGACUCCUCGCUGCAGAUCCACACCGAAGCUCUGCGAGCAACCGUUGAUAGGCUUCUGGCAGUCUUUUGCAACGAUCCGCUGACGUUGGAAGCCGAGGAGGACGACGACAAAUUCACUCCAGGUGGAAGAAAGCUGUUCGGCUCCUCGGCUCUACCUGGCUCAGAGAAAGGGAACCCGUUCGUCAAUGCUUUCAUGGGCAAUGGUAGCAAGUCCAACACGCCCAGCUUGAGCAAGACUGCCGAGCGCGAUAAGUUCUUGCCAUGA